UAAUUAUACUUUUUGUUCUAGACUCUUGAGGCUGGUAAGCCUGUCGGUCGGGGUCCAAUGUGGGAUAUGACCCACAAAAGGGUAGAUGGGAAGUAUGUGAAUGAAGAAGCUCAGAAGAUAGGGGAGAAAAUUUGCAAUCAUAUAGCUGAAAACCCUGAUGCUUAUUCUGAAAUUUCUCCAAAUGAUAUUGUUGGCAAGAUAUUUGGAAAAGAGCAUUCUGGCCGUGUUCGAGGAAUGGGCAUGAGAGUGGUUCCUACUAUUGCUUUUAAGCAUACUACCACACAACUUAGCGGUAUGGAGUUUGGCUCUUUUCGUGGUAGUACUUCAAGCGGAAGUUCUGCAUUGGUGAACCAAAAACUUGCAACUAUGGAGGCUCAAAUGACAGCACUUGUUGGCUACAUUAAAGCAAAGGAAGGUGGUUCACUACCUCCAGAGUUAGCUGCUGCCUUAUUUCCCAAUGAUACACAACAGGUAUCAAACGUAGGAAGUGAAUCUCCAACAUCCAAUGACAUAACUAGAUCAUCAGAUGAAAGCAACGCACGUGGAGCAUGAGAGUCCUAAUUUUAUUGACAUCAGUUGUCUAGUCAUUUUUAUGUUUUGAAACUUGUUAUUUUGAGAAUAGCUAAAGAUGGUGGCAAUGGUUUGUGUAACUUUAUGUUUGGAGACUUGUUUAUAUUUGAGACUGGUUUUGGAUAUUUGUAUCAAACUUCACU